AUGGGAAACAAUGUCCAAGACCUCCUACAGAGUUCCACCCAUCAAUGUCUGCUGAUUCCCAAGACCAGUUUUGUCUCGAACCACGAGGAAGACUCCAGUUCCGAAGAACCAGAAGAACUGCGGUUUGAAAAGACACAGGAUGAACCAAAUGAUGCGCAGAUCAAAGAAGAGGAGAAGGAACUGUUAAUCCAUCGGGAAGAUCAGCAGCUAGAAAUGAAGCAAGAGACUGAGACCCCCUCUGUGGAAACGUCUUCUGAAGAGGAAACGGACGACAGUGAUCUCGACCAAAAUGGGGCUGAACUCCUCUCUCAGAGUCAUGCUAAAGCAGAGGACCAAAACCAGGAAAUAUCUGGUGAGAAGCCCUUCCUAUGCGGGGUCUGUGGCAAGAGCUUCGGCCGAAAAUAUGGGCUUAACAGCCACAUGAGAACUCACACAGGAGAGAAAUCGUAUUCCUGCGACGCGUGUGGCAAGGCCUUUAGUGACAGCGGUCAGCUGAACACUCACGUAAGAAGCCUUUCCAGUGUCGGCUCUGCGGGCAAAACCUUCAUGAGAAAAAACUGCCUGAAAUGUCACAUGGUUACUCACACUGGUGAGAAGCCCCACACCUGCGAGCUGUGCGGCAAGUCUUACGGCGUCCGCGCUAACUUGACCGCUCACAUGAAGACGCACACGGGCGACAGGCCUUUCACCUGUCUAACCUGCAAGAGAAGCUUCAUCACGAAGUCGGCUCUGAAUAGCCACAUGAGCACCCACUCGGGUGAGAAGCCUUUUUCCUGUCCGACCUGCGGGAAAAGUUUCCGCGAGAAAACCUUCAUGACGGUGCACAUGAAGACGCACACAGAGGAGAAACCGUUCUUGUGUCCCGUAUGUGGGAAGAGGUUCAGUCAAAGGAGGUAUUUGACCAAGCACAAAAGGGGCCACACAGAUGACAAGCCGUACACCUGUGAGGUGUGCGGCAAAGGCUUCUGCCAGAGUUGCGAUUUGACCUCUCACAUGAGAACCCACACAGGAGAGAAGCCGUUUCCAUGUCUGACCUGUGGAAAGAGUUUUGGUAAAAAAAGUAAUUUAAAUAUACACAUGAGAACUCACACAGGCGAAAGGCCCUUCCAGUGUCAGACGUGUGGGAAAGGUUUCAGAGAAAAAACAUCUUUGAACAGACACACGGAAACUCAACACCCAUAAAAAAAAGUAUCAUUUCUGACAUAAGUAAUUUGACUUCCACGCCUCUGUUGAGUCUGGCUUGACGUGAAUAAACUCUAACCCUGAGGGGAAAAAAGUGCUUUCCUGAACAAAUUCAGAUUAAAACAAAACUUUUCCAUAGAUGAUGGUCACAUAAUAGCGGUUCAUCUUAGCUAAUUAGAAGAUCAUCAAAAAUUGAUUUCUUUCAGUUAUGUAAUUAAAAAAGGGAAAUGCAAUUAUUAUGUAGAUUGAUAACACACAGAUUGAUGUUUCAAUAGUUCAUAUCUGUUGUUUUUGAUGAUCGUGGCCAAUAGCUAAUGAGAAAAAAUUCAACCCAGACUAACUCCUGACAAAAUUGGAAUAUUAUAUAACACCAGUGAAAAAGAUUUUUACUACAGAAGGGUUGGUUUGCUCACACUGCACAGGACAAAUAUCCGGUCGGAUGUCCUUUGGCAUAAACUACUGUAUCAAUGUUCUGCUGAGGUGUCUA